AUUGCGUCAUGGUGAGCUGGUGGUUCUCCACUUCCACUGGUUUUGAAUCGAAAACAAAAACCUAAACUUCGAUCUCCUUAUACCCUCAAUAACUCCUUCCUUUAUUUAAUGCGUGAAGUCUAAGCUCAGUGAUUCGAUUUCAGUUGCUAUUGGCUAAGGACUUGUAAUUUUCCAGGAAAAGGAGGUUGUUUUCAUGAUCACAAGUCUGUUUGGAUGGAUAGAAAUGAAUUUCUUCCUGUGAUUUUCUUGCUUUUUCUGGUUGUAAAUGUUUCUGGUGGUUCAGUAGCUGGUAAGUUCCGAAAAUUGGCUGAUGCUGAGCCAAAGGAGGAUUCCACUGCAACCAAGAUUGAUCCGCCGCCGUCUCCAGUUUCUGUUGGCAAUCAAUCGGAGCCAAACCCGAUUGAUCCAGGCAAACUCGGGAAGGAGAAAUCGAAGGAUGCCCCAGUACCCACUACCAACUCUUCAAAAGCAGAUUCAAAAGGGAAGCAAAAAGAGAAAAAUGAUAAUAAAGCCAGUUCAGAACUGGGAACAUAUGGGACUUGUGAUGGGUUACUUGAGAAGUGCACGGACCCCAAGAAAAAGAUGAUUGCUUGCAUUCAAAGUUUUGAAAAUGGAUCCAAAGCCCUCAUUGUCCAAAAUGAAGGAGAGAACACUUUGAAAGUGAAUCUUACUGUCUCGGAUUCUGUGAAAGAUGCUUUGGAGGUUCUAGUAAUACCAAAACAUCAAACUAGAAGUAUGAACAUCUUGUCAACUGGAAGCUCUAAGCUAGUAUUAAAUGCUGGAAAUAAAGAUUGUGUGUUUGAAAACCAUCUUAUUUCUGAAGGAAACUUUUUCCAGUGGCUCCCUCAUUCUGAGCUAGUAACACCCAUCUAUGGUGUCUACUUCUUGUUUCUAACAGCUCUAGUUGUGGGAGCGAUGUGGACUUGUUGCAAGUUUAGAAAGAGGAGACAUCAGGGGGGAGUUCCAUAUCAAGAGCUUGAAAUGGGUUUGCCAGAAUCUUCUCCAGCUGUUAAUGUGGAAACAGCAGCAGGUUGGGAUGAAGGUUGGGAUGAUGACUGGGAUGAGGAUAAAGCAGUGAAGUCACCAGGAGGACGGUAUGUAGGUAGCAUCUCAUCAAAUGGCCUUACUACUAGGUCUUCUAACAGAGAAGGAUGGGAAAAUGAUUGGGAUGAUUAGAAUUGUAUCAGUGAAGAAGGAAGAAGAUUGUCCAAUAAGAAGAAGACAAAGGAUAGGUUUACAAGGAGGAAUCAAAAUAUUGAAUGUAAAUCGUUUUCACAAUUUUCUUUUUAGUGUUUGAUAGUGGAAGUUAUAGGACAGUUGAGCACAAUUUUGGUUAUUCCCCAGAAGUGUGUAAAAAGGGGUUGUUUUCUUCUGAAGAGUAGAUGAUAAUGAUACUAUUAUUAUAUGUAGAUGAUAAUGAUCAUUUUGAGAAUGCUUGUCCACAGACUUGUCAUGUUGGAAAUGUAAUUCAUUUUCCCUGAUGGUUCCA